AUGCAUCAUCGUUCAGACGCGCUGAGUGAAUCGAAAAUUUGGACUGAUUGGCUUGAGGCACACCGAGGGGUCAUGAGUGCGGGGUCUGGACACAGCUUUAGCAAGCCUGAAAUCAUAGUAGAUGUUCGCAUUUUUUGGGAUAUUGAAGGUAUAACACAGUUUUCCAAGUAG